AAUGCAAUUGUGUACAACACUCUGAUGGAUUCAUACUGUAAAUACAACCAUGUAGAAGCAGCUGAAGGGCUUUUUGUGGAGAUGAGAGCCAAAGGGAUUAAGCCUACUGUAGCUACCUUCAACAUUCUAAUGCAUGCAUACAGCAGAAGAAUGCAACCCAAGAUUGUAGAAAAGCUAAUGGCAGAAAUGAAAGAUGUUGGCUUGAAGCCAAAUGCCGAAUCAUAUACUUGUCUAAUCAGUGCAUAUGGUAAGCAAAAAACCCCGAGUGACCUGGCAGCUGCAGAUGCAUUCUUGAGGAUGAAGGAAGUUGGUAUAAAAUCCACCUCACAUUCUUAUACAGCACUAAUCCAUGCAUAUUCAAUUAAUGGCUUGCAUGAGAAAGCUUACAUAGCAUUUGAAAACAUGAAAAUGGAAGGUAUUAAACCUUCUGUAGAAACCUACAAUACUUUACUAGAUGUGCUUAGGCGGGCAGGUGAAGCUCAAAUACUUAUGGAAAUAUGGAAGUUGAUGAAGAAUGACAAAACCGAACCGACACGGACAACGUUCAACAUUCUUGUUGAUGGUUUUGCUAAACAAGGUCUCUACAUGGAGGCAAGAGGCAUAAUAUCUGAGUUUGGAAAGCUUGGAAUGCAACCAACAGUGGUGACAUACAAUAUGCUGAUAAAUGCACAUGCAAAGGGAGGGCAACUCUCAAAACUGCCACAGAUAUUCAAAGAGAUGGCAGUUCUUAAAUUACAACCAGAUUCUGUAACUUACUCGACUAUGAUAUUUGCCUUUGUCAGAUUUCAUGAUUUUAAGCGGGCAUUUCUUUAUCACAAGCAGAUGGUCAAGAAUAAACAGACUAUGGAUGUCAGUUCUUAUCAGACUCUUCUGGCCAUUCUGGAGGCCAGAGCUGCUCGGAAAAACAAGGAUUGGAGAGCCUUGCUUGCUCAGAUUAAAAGUAAGACAGGUGUGAAAGUGAUUAGGCAGAAAGAUGAGUUUUGGAAGUACUACAAGAAAAGACAUGUAAGAAAAAAUAGUUCUGAUGUAAGUGUACAGUAAGUUAAGGAUACAAUGCUCUGUAAGAAUUGUAGGUUCAAUUUUGGCACACUUUUAUUUUCUCUAAAGAAUCAAUAUUAGGAGUUUCUUGAUAUUAGCUGUGAAGAAUAUAUGUCAAUAUAUGCUGCCUCUUCAAUCAGCAAUAUCUUUCACAUUAUAUUUGUAUGUUGACAUUGAGUAUCAACAACGAUAAAUAGUACAGAUUAAUGUAGUCAAAGACGUGUUAUGUU